GCUGCGCUCCGUGCGCCGCCUGCGCGAGGUGUUCGAGGUGUGCGGCCGCGACCCCGACGGCUUCCUGCGCGUGGAGCGCGUCGCGGCGCUGGGGCUGCGCUUCGGCCAGGGCGAGGAGGUAGAAAAACUCGUGAAGUAUUUGGAUCCCAACGACCUGGGGAGAAUCAACUUCAAGGACUUUUGCAGAGGCGUGUUCGCCAUGAAAGGGUGCGAGGAGUUGCUGAAGGACGUGCUGUCCGUGGAGAGCGCCGGGACGCUGCCCUGCGCACCCGAGAUCCCGGACUGCGUGGAGCAGGGCAGCGAGGUGCCAGACCCCACCUCUGCUGACGGCGAGCUCCUCCUCAGGGAGCCCGGCUUCUUUCCCGAGGACGAGGACGAGGCUAUGACGCUUGCCCCACCCGAGGGCCCCCAAGAGUCGGACAUGGACGGCCCCAUGGAGAGCACCCAGGGCCUGGAGGGGGCGAUCAGGAUUCCUGCCGAGGAGAAGGACGUGGGCCUUGGGGCCCUGUUCCUGCCGGAGGACAAGUCCCUGGUCCACACUCCGUCUAUGACGACGUCAGACCUCUCCACGCACUCCACCACCUCGCUCAUCAGCAACGAGGAGCAGUUUGAAGACUACGGGGAGGCGGAUGAUGUGGACUGUGCCCCCAGCAGCCCCUGCCCUGACGACGAGACCAGGACCAAUGUCUACUCGGACCUGGGGUCGUCCGUGUCCUCCAGCGCGGGGCAGACGCCUAGGAAAAUGCGGCAUGCGUACAACAGCGAACUGCUGGACGUUUACUGCUCUCAGUGCUGUAAGAAAAUCAACCUGCUCAAUGACCUGGAAGCCCGACUCAAGAACCUGAAGGCCAAUAGCCCCAACCGAAAGAUCUCUAGCACAGCCUUCGGACGGCAGCUCAUGCACAGCAGCAACUUCAGCAGCAGUAACGGCAGCACUGAGGACCUCUUCCGGGACAGCAUCGACUCCUGUGACAACGACAUCACAGAGAAGGUGAGCUUCCUGGAAAAAAAGGUGACAGAGCUGGAGAAUGACAGCCUGACCAACGGGGACCUGAAGAGCAAGCUGAAGCAGGAGAACACGCAGCUGGUGCACAGGGUGCACGAGCUGGAGGAGAUGGUGAAGGAUCAAGAGACCACGGCUGAGCAGGCCCUGGAGGAGGAGGCGCGGCGCCACCGCGAGGCCUACAGCCGGCUGGAGCGGGAGCGGGGCACGGAGAUCGAGCUGCUCAACACCAGGGUGCAGCAGUUAGAAGAAGAGAACACUGAGCUUAGAACGACAGUGACUCGACUCAAGUCACAAACAGAGAAACUGGAUGAGGAGCGGCAGCGCAUGUCUGACCGGCUGGAGGACACCAGCCUGCGGCUCAAGGAUGAGAUGGACCUGUACAAGCGUGUGAUGGACAAGCUGAGGCAGAACCGCCUUGAGUUCCAGAAGGAGCGGGAGGCAACGCAGGAGCUCAUCGAGGACCUGCGGAAGGAGCUGGAGCACCUGCAGAUGUACAAGCUGGACUGCGAGCGGCCAGGCAGGGGCCGCGGCUCGUCCUCCGGCCUGGGCGAGUUCAGUGCCCGGGCCCGAGAGGUGGAGCUGGAACACGAGAUCAAGCGGCUCAAGCAGGAGAAUCACAAACUGCGAGAUCAGAAUGAUGACUUGAACGGGCAGAUCUUGAGCCUCAGCCUCUACGAGGCAAAGAACCUCUUUGCCACCCAGACCAAAGCCCAGUCUCUGGCUGCGGAGAUUGACACGGCCUCUCGCGAUGAGCUCAUGGAAGCCCUAAAGGAGCAGGAAGAGAUCAACUUCCGGCUGAGGCAGUACAUGGACAAGAUUAUCCUUGCCAUCCUGGACCACAACCCCUCCAUCCUUGAGAUCAAACACUGAGGCGAGGGGGCUGGCUGCAGAGUGGCCUUGGGACCCCUGGACCCUGGGAUUCAGGGGCAGACCCCGCAUCAGGAUGCGGCCCGGGUCGGGCCUCACACACACACUGUAAAUGUGUCUCUGGCCACCGUGUAACGUGUACUGGUGUGUCUGUGGGGAGGCCGUGCAUACAGCACAGGGUGAGCGUGCAGUUAGCUGUCCACGCACUUUGUGGUCCCUUUGCGAGGGGCAGAGGGUCGGCUCUCAGGAGUUACUGUAAUAACGAGAACUGGAAGCUUGUGUUUCAGAUACUGGAUAAAAUGAUUCUACCUCUGGGGAUAAGGAUUAAAAAGUACUCGGUGAGACGGGCUCUUUCACCCCAUCCCUACUCCCCACUGCAAAUGGGAGCAUGAUUAAGAUCUUUCACAGGCAUUCGCCAGCCUCUUUGGCUGUCUUUCAAGCCCAGGCACCUGCACUCAGAGAGGAGGGAGGGGUGUGUGGGGCCCUCCCGAGCCCCUCCCCUGCUGGCAGCCUGUGUGAUGCUCAUGCACGGGGCGUGCAAAGGACUCAGGCUUGCAGAGGGGCUACGGGGGGGGGGCGCUCUUCAUUCUGAGAGUUCUUGGCACUUUUAGAGUUCUCUGUAAACUUCCCCAUCCCUGCUUACCCUUUCUUUGUUUUUAAGACAGUGAAAAAUAAGCAGCCUUCACUUGGGUGUGCGUGAAGGAUUAAAAGGUAGAGGAAGAGGGCUGGGGGACAGGGCUGUCUAAGGCACAUGCUGGCAUUGGACAACCAAAGACGUGAUUUUCGGAGAGGAGUGUGCUCACAGCCCUGUCAGCAUCCUUCCCCGUGGCUGCAUUCUAAGAGAGCAGCUUGGAGGGAGCGGUCCCUGCUUACCUGCCUCUGUUCUCCACACGGCCUGCUGAUGGCCUUGGGUUUACAAUCCAAGCUCUGGGCUUGGCUCGGCCGGGUAGGGAGGCCCCUGCGUUCCGGCCUCUAGAAACACACCUGUAUCGGUUCUUGGCUGGGGAAUAAAUGCCGUGCUGGUGGGAGACACAGCUGGGGAGGUGGCAGGGAACUCUUUGUCUCCAUCCUGGUGACACGUGGUGGAAAUUCACCCUCUGGAUCUUCCAUGGGCUCUUGUUUCAGGAGGCUGGGACUAGAUCUGGUACUUUCCCUUCAGUUUCCCAGUUUGUCUCAAUUCUGUGCGGGUUGGAUUCGUUUCCUUUAUCAGAUACAUAAGAACAUGUAUCGUCUUAUUCCCCAGCCCUGCAGUUGCUGGUUUACUUCAACAUUUCCAGUGGGAAAAGGAGAGUUGGGGCAUGUCGGGGAGAGGUGUACACAGAGGAGAGGGGGCAGGAGGGGAGGAAGAGGAGACCAGGGGACGCAGGCGAGUCCCCUGAGCGGGGCUGUGGCCAGGACUGAUGUCCAUUCCACCCAGUCAGCUUCGGCUUUCGUUGCAUUUCCUGAUUCUUUCUAAGCAUACGCAUGGGAUUGGUUUCCUGCGGCAAAUAAUGGGGCUGCCUUGGUCUGAUGCAGGACUUUGGGGCCACCCACAGCAGGAAGACGGGGGCAGGGGUUGGUCUCCUUGGGCCCCUCGAGGAUCUGAGAAGCAGCAGCAGUGGAAAGAGGGUGGGUCUCUUGAGAAUUUGCUAAGAGGAAGGAAUGGCAGGAAUUAAAGGACAGGAAAGAAGAUGAAUCAUGACGUGGCUUUGGUCUGGGUUUUAUAUCGGAAGGAGUCCUGCGGAGAGGCCAGCCAGACCCGGGUCCUGGUCCAGGGGACCCUGCCCCAGGGGUGAGCAUUUUAUGUGUAACACCUGACAUGCUCUUUAGCUGCAUUGAUGGGGUUCCGGGGAAGGCCGCGGAGGCUGAGUUCCUGGAGUCACAACGUGAGAAGGCAUUUCCGCCAUGGGGAAAGGGGGUGGGAAAAGCUGUCAGCGUGCAGGGGGCGCCACAGAAACGGACUCCCUCAGGAAGCCCUGAGCCUGAAAGGCCCUUGGGACCUGGUGUGGUGCGGAGGUCUCUGAAAGGAGCUGACUUUAAAGUGAGACUGAAUUCCAUUUAACACACAGCCCAAGUUAAAUCCAACCUUCCUUCAGGCAGAAUACAUCAAAUUGGCUUUUUAAGAUCAGGUAGCUUUUUAAAAUGCUCUUCCCUAUUUGAAAGCUAGCCUGGGGUGGGGGCAGAUGGCCCAGGGGUCCCAGCCCCACAGCCCCUGGGUGGGCUCUGUCUAGAGCUGUCCUAACUCUGGGUGCAGACGGCGCCAACCCUGCUCCCUUCCUGCGUUUUCUCCUUUGCAGGUUGAGAGGGCUCAGUGGUGGGGCUGUGAGACAGUGCGGGGAUGCCCAGUUAAAUUUGAAUUUCAGGUAAGCAACAGAUAAUUUUUAGUAAAAUGUUCCCUGCAAUACUUGGGACAUAUUUAAAAUGGAAAAGUUCUUAAAAUUCUGAUAACUGGGCCCAGCUCCCAGAGGUUCUGAUUUCAUUGGUCUGCGGUGUGGUCCAGGCCUGGGACUGUUUAAAGAAUCCCCUGGGUGGUUGUAAUUUAACUGGGUGUCCUCUGUAGGUUGGGUCUUUGCUAAACCUGGUAGUUCCACCAAGUAGGGGUUAGCAGUAACUUGUCUCAAGUUUAGAGGCUUUUGGGGUGGGAGUGUGGGGAGGGGGUUCAGCAGAUUCACCUUUUACGGGACUCUGGGGUAUCCUUGUAUUUAAUCAGAAGCCGAACAGAAUUUGUUGAGCCCGAGAGUGAGCAUUAGAUACACCGUCUAACUAAAAAGGAAGCACUUUCUGGUUUAUCUAGGGCCGUAUUCUGUGGGACAGUAUAAGAAACGAAGUUCUAGUAAAAAAGAAAAUUUGUUUAACUUUGAAUUGGUCAGGGUUAGACAAGUUAUUUUAAAUUUGUAGAUUCUUUGAGAAUUGUCAGAGGGAAAUUAUCCUUUAUCUACAGACGUUCUGACCUAUGGAAAACACAAAGCUUGACAAUUUCCCAGAGCGCUUGAGCCUGAAACUGGUUCUCAACGUGGGCUGUGCAUUGGAAUCACCUGGGGAGAAUUUUAAAGUUCUGCUGAUGGGCCUGACCGCUCCCCGCCCUCCCCCCCCACCUCUGGAAUUCAGAUUUAAUUGGUGUGGGUGAGGCCCGGGCACUGAAGUGUUUAAAGAGCUCCCCAAGUGAAGGUACUGUGCAGCCUGGCUGAGACUCCUGUCCUGGGAGGUUGCUGGCCAGAAGCGGAGAAAAUGGGUGGACAGGCUAUUGGGCUUGUUAACCCAGGUGCUGGGGAACAGGGAGUUCUCUUGCUGAUGUAUUGAUGUCUGAUGGUGAGAAGUUAGCAGACCCCCUCCCCCAGGAUGGGAGGCCUGGUACCUUCAGGAGCAGGUGGAUCCAGCUGCUCUCAGCAGCCUGAGAGUUAGUGAACCUGAGUGGGUAAGUCUCUGCCUGUUGCUGGUGGAGUCAGUGGGUGGCACGUGUAGGGAUGUAUCCAGAGUGGGGGGAGGACAGAGUUUGGAGGGGUGCUGGAAGCAGCCUCAGGAACAGCUGCCGCCUCCUGUUCCAGCGGAGCCCAGUGGGAUUCCCGCCUUGUGGGGUUUGCUCUGAUCUGUUUUCAGGCUGGACGAAUAAGGCUCACCCCAGCCUCUCCCCUGUUAUUCACCAAUCCAGCAUCCCUGCCCAGCCCUGGGGGCUUGGGUCGCUGGUCUGCUGGAUUCCUGGCCCAGCCAGGUCCUGGUGGUCAGGACGGCUCUUUUGUUCCAGUGAGGGACUUAAUAACCUGCACAGGCUUACAGGGGCCAUUGGGGCCUGGUGGACGAGGGAGAAGUGAAGCCCUCUUUCUGUGCUCUGUGGGUAGGUGUGUUUAGCACAUUAGCAAAUUUAAACCCAAAAUCUGACUAGAUGCGAUCAGAACAGGGGAGUAUUGGGUGGUUACUGUGCCAAGGAAAUGACUUUGUUCACCUGGCAGAUCCACAGUGACUCUUUUAAGGAGCUGAGGUGGGUUUUUAGAUCGAGGGGAGGGGCCAUUCAGGAUUCCAUCGCUGGCGCCCUCCCUGGCCUUUCCUCUGGAAUGAGGACAGCCCCUCUGGAACGCUGCUCCAGGUUGGGGAGGGGCCGUGCCCUCCUGGGUAACUGUGAGCAAGUCCCUUCCCUCAGCUGACCUCAGGGCCCCCCAGGCCCUGCCACCCUGCCCUGAGUGCGCGCAUUUUCAGGAGGGAGGAGUGGCCAGAACAGUGGGGCUGCCUGCCCGCCCUUCAGCCACACUCCACCUCCCCGGGAAAAGAGGCUGCUUUCUAGAAAGAUCUGUUUCUAAAAGUGUGGACCCUGCAGAGAGUGAUGCCACGUGGCUCUGGUGCUCCGACCCUAUAGGCUCCUUCCCGCUGUGACUGUAAUGGAGUGGGGUGGGGGUGGGGAGUCUGCCCCCAGCCACCACCAGCAGGGUGGCUGGAGCGGCAUCCCAGGGCCGCCCCUGCAGGACCUAAGUGCUGCUGUCUGAGGGGACUCGGGAGGCGUGCCUCCCCCUGGCCCCCUGCUUUGCUGUGCUGCGCCGGCCGUGUUUUGUCUGCAUGGUUUGGGGUCACUGUCCUUGUGCCUUCUCUGCCCUGUCACCACUGUACAGGAUUUUCCGCAUUGCCACUGCCCCCUUUUCUACAUCCUCUCGUUUACCCUGGCCCUUCUUGUGCCCUGUAAAGUGUACAUAGUGCCUCCCCUACUUGGUGUCCGCGGGCCGCCACCUCACGAGGCCGGCUCCCUGCACGCGCAUCCCCGUUCCUGGGCUCCGGCUCCGCUUCCCUCCACCUACUCAGCCACUCAGACCUGGAAACAGGGGGUGGAAUUCUUUAUUAUGGUCUUUAGCUCGGGGGGCGCGGGCCCACUUGGCCCGUCCUCCGGCCUGCCGCUGUUUAGAAGCCCCGCACACCCCACAAGGCCAGCUUUGUGCAAGCAGCUUCUCCCCCCACCCUUUCCCUGCAUCGGUGUCAGUGUCUGUAGGUGGCAGAGCACACCUGUCGAACCUGGAAGUCAGCCCGGCAGGGGUGUCAGGGUGUCUCGGGUCUGCAGCCACUCAGUGAGCCCCUUGGAGGAUGCACCUCCGGCCCCCGGAAGAAGCUCCUGCUGUGUGGCUCCCCGUGCUUGGCCCUGGGCCCGGGUUCAGGGCCACCGCCGUCUGGUGUCUUAACAGCGUCAGACCCCAAACAAGCAGAAGGAAGGGGCUUCUGGCUGCAUCCCCUGCCACACAUUAACAGCUGCCGAGCUCUUCCUCGUCUGCCGAAGGUGCUCAGACCGGGUGCCAUUAAACCCCUGAUGAUGUCAGGACCGCUCUGGGACCAUGCGUGGCUGAGGACCUGCAGUCCCCACUUCCCUGGCUGGGUUUCCAGGACCCAGGUGCAAUGAGCUGCACGUGGGGGCUCAUGCCCAAGGGUUUGUCGGGCGGCUCUGAUGCCCCGAGGGUUUCAAUCCACUUGAGUCUUUCGCCCUCCGCGGGAGCCUCCAUCCAGAAGCAGGUCUAGCUUUGGGGCUGGGGCGAGACCUCUACCUCCAGGCCCCUGGGUGGGGAGAGUGGGGUGAGGCUCCAGGGCUGUGUCCCAGGGUCCCGAGCUCUCCGCCGUCAGCCUGCUUCUAGCCAAAUAGGAGCAAGCUCUCAGAGGCAGGCUCCCUCGGGAACUCUAAUGUACAGACCAAGGUGUAAAUAAACACUCUGCUCCUCUUGCCUGA